AUGAGCUAGCCUAGAAUGUCAGCGUACGUAGCAACCGGACAUUGCAGAAAAGACUACGAUAAAAAUACCAACAUUACUUUAUAAUUCACUUUCCAGUGAGAAUUAAAUAUGUCUAUGGAGGUAGACAUUACUGUUGAAGAUGAAGGCAAUAAUGAAGAGACAGAGUUGGACAAGGAAAACAACGAGAAGAACUUGCUUCGGAGCGGGAGCAGAGCACCAAGUCGGGCAAAGAGCCGCGGCAGCAUCGGGGACCAAAGAAAGACGAUAAGUCGUACAGGGAGCCGAUCAGGAUCCCGCCCUGAUAGUCAUCUUUCAGUCAAUGACGAGGAGGAUGAGGAGAGGGCAGCAUCUCAGCGUUCUCUCUCUAGUGAAACCACCUGUGGUUUUGAUACAGAUCUAGAAAUUGAAGCUACAAUAAUGGAAAUGAGAAGGAAGGCACGUGAGGAUUAUGAUCCUUCAGGUCGCACCACGUACAAGGAGGCGUGUCGAAUCAAUGGCGUGAUUCCGGUCUCGUACUUCCUUCGUCACAUAGGAGACACAGAGCUUGUUAUGAAACAUCAUGGAUUAGGUCCAGGGGGAGCAAAGGCCAUCGCUAUUGCACUGGUUACCAACACUACAAUCGUUAAGCUGAAUAUCAGUGAUAAUUGGUUGGAUCCAGAGGGUGGUAUUGCAAUAUCAGAUAUGCUGAAAGAAAACUGCUACAUUGCUGAAUUAGAUCUGUCAGAAAACCGACUGGGAAGUGUUGGAGCUAUUGCUGUUUCAGAUAUGCUUCUUCAGAACAGUACAUUAACCCAUGUGACUCUAUCAGGGAAUGGAUUUGAGGAUAAAACAGCUGACGCCUUUGCAGAUGUCAUACUGAAUAACAAGAAGCUGGAAUACCUAAAUCUGAGCCACAAUGAUUUUGGUGAACUUGCAGGAGCCAUUCUUGGACCAGCAAUAGAAGAAAACAUCACCCUCAGACAUCUAGAUCUUAGCUGGAAUCAUAUUAGAAGAAGAGGGGCAUUGGCUAUUGCUAAGGGUAUCAUGAAUAACAUAGGACUGAGAAAAAUCAACUUAUCAUGGAAUGGUUUCAGCAUAGAUGGAGCUCAAGCGCUAGGAGAUGCUCUGAAAUCUAAUACUAAUCUGGAAGAAUUAGAUGUCACGAAUAAUCGUAUUUCAGCAGAAGGUGCUGUUCUCCUUGGCAAAGGCCUGACUGUCAACGAAAGCCUGAAGGUUCUAAGGAUGGGCAAGAACCCAAUGCAGACAGCUGGCUGCUAUGGUGUUGUUAAGGCAAUUAAAGAAAAUGCAAACUCCUCUAUGGAACAAAUUGACUUCUCGAGUAUCCAAGUCAACAAGGACUUUGAGGCGCUUCAGAAUGAGAUGAAGGAGAUCAAACCUAACCUGAAGAUCAAGCAUGGUGGUAUGCAGGUCGAAGUCAAACCAAAACGAAGGAUCAACCCGAUGGCCAAGCUUCAACGCUUCAUCCAAAAGAAUAACCUCAGACUUGUGGACUUCUUCAAUAAGUUUGACAAGGAUGGCAGCAUGAGUGUGACCUAUGAUGAGUUUGAAGAAGGAUUAAAGGAGAGUGGCAUAGAUCUGACAGAUGAUGACAUUGCUCACCUGAUCGCAGAACUAGACAAAGAUGGCGAUGGAGAAAUUAACUACAGUGAGCUUUAUCUUGGUUAUGCCAAGAUUUAAUAUGCAAAGUGAGCUUUACUUGGGAACAGUGGAGAAGGAGGAUAAAGGACAGAAGAUGGCUGAAGCAAUCAUGCAUUUCAAGGAGGAGGGCGGAGUCUAAUAAAGUCAUACUGAGGUCACAACAAGUUCAUAUCAUGGUCAAACCAAGGUCAUAUAAGAUUGAGAGAUGUUAAGUUUCACUGGACCACAAUGAGUAUUACUUUUAUAGAAGAAUUAUUUUUUGUGUUUUUGUUGCUUUUACGAUUGACUUUUGUUAAGGUAGGUCAUUAAACACAUAUUUUGGGGGGACAAAUUCAAGCAAUAGUUCCUUACAUUGUCAUGAAUUAAUUUUAUGAAAAGCAUUAGGGAGCUUUGACUGCAGCAAUUUAUCUUAUUGCUUUUUAUCAUGUUCUGUUUGAACAAAUGCUUUUUUUUAAAUGUUUGUUGUAUUGGAGUUUGAAAUUAAGAUAUCUAUGUACAGUGUAGAUAGUUUGGUUAGCCCAUGCAUACACCAAAAUAUGAUUAAUGAGCACAGCUUUUACAGAAUUUCAAAAGUGUGUUUCUGCUAUAUUCCUCCACAAUUCCCUUUUCUAUUACCUUGAUCUACACUCAUUUCAUACUUACUUGGGUAUACUUGGGUGUAGAGACUGGAAGCUUAGCUUAUUUGUCCCUCUUUACUGUUGCAUCCCGUCUCAAGUAUGGUUCAAACUUAAUUGGAUUGUUUCUCCAAUACCUUUCUAGGGAUGACUUGAAAUACCAGCUUGUGUGUUAUUUUUGCAGAAAUUUGAAAUUUGUAUCCUAUUAUUUUGCUCUCUUCUGUUUUCCUUGACUCUUGUUUCUGCAUGACCACAUUGUACAUACUUCAAAUGUUUCUCUUUAUUGGUAAACUGGAGUGUAUUUUUCUAGUUCAUUUUCUUGCAGUGGGAGAUGGAGAUAUAUGAACAGAUUUGUAUUGUCUGUGUUUCCAUAUUUCUUAUGUAUUUUUUAUGUUUUCAAUUAUUUUGUAAAGAUGAAAUAUUGUCACAAUAGGAAAUAGACAGAAGGCUGACCAUAAAAGAAAUGUAUAUCAGCGUUGUUUGAAUUGUGGUGCUUUCUUUUUGAUAGUUUUGGGAAAUAAAUACUGGAAUAUAUCAUGUCUUUCAAAUUGCAGGGAUAAUAUUCUUCCAUUAUCUUGAAACAUGUUUUUACAGAGACUUAAAGAUGUUCCUUUAUCACAUACUAGAGAUUUAAUCUAUUUAAAGAUCAGCCUAUUGGUUAAGAUUGUGUAAUGACAGAUUAUAAGAGUUAUUUAGAAAUAUCAACAUUUCUUGCAGAAUGUGGGUAAAAAGUUAGCUUGUAGUGAUAAUAACUUUUAGGACCUUAAUUCAAAGUAGCAUGCUUUUUUCCAAAUGAAAAUACACAGGUAUGCACAAAUGGUUAAUCAAAUUCAGCUCGACCAAAUAAAUCAUUGAGCACUUAUUUAUAUUGUAGAUAUCAAAAAAUGAUGAGAAUGUGUUAUGGAAGAGAAACCAAAUUUGUAUCAAGACAACCAAAUAUUUGAGAAGUUAUUGGUAUGGUGGAAGAUUGUGACGGUCUAUGUAGAUAAUUGAUACCAAAGAAUAUAUGUUCAGAUAUGGCUGGGGAAAUUAACCGCCUGAAAAAAAAUCUCCUAGUUGUUUUACAUGUAAAUUAAUGGCAGCUGCGCAAAACAAAGGGCCUGCGCAUAUUCACUGAGCUCUGUUUUAUAAGAUACAGAAAUAUGAAGCAUAUAUAACACUUUAGGUCAUGCAAUUACAAAAAUGUGGUUUUUGCAGCAUCAUGUUUGAACAAGCCUUUAUUGUUUUGUUUUAGUACUAAAAACGGUUGCACUGGUUGAAAGAAAAUACUCACGAGCUGAAAAGUUUGCCUAGCAGGCAGGCUGUCGCGGCUUGCCAGUGUGGCCGGGAGCUGUUAAUUGUGAAUCCUCUCUAUUGGACUGUUUGUUCUUUGUAAUAAAGUAAUUGGCCUUUUCAAACGACUUUUCAUUUUUUGAUGAAACUCGAUAAAUGGCAUAUAUUUCGUAUAGGAGAUAUUGUAUGUUGUCUCCCCCAAACACAUAACCAAGUUUUGUUUCUAUUCAUAUUGCUUACAGCACAGUAUCAUUUUAUAGUGUAUUUUGAUGUUGUUAUCGUUGUGAAAUGUUUUAAGCAUGAUUUGAUUAUGAUGUAUCCAAGAAACAUUUUUCAGAAGUCUAAUGGGGAAAACAUUUCUGUAGUUUUUUUUUCUUCUUCAGAAUUUAUCCAUUGAAGUGCUUUAAUACUGGCGAUUGAAAUCAUUACUUGCAUGAAAAUCUAACAAGGUUAUUGGAAAGAGCAAGUCUAGUUUGUGAAAAUGUAUAUUGUAUUUUUGCCUACAUGAAUUAAAUCUAAUUUUUUCACAGUAUGAAUUAUAUUGAUAGAAUCUCAUCAUUCCUUUCAUUUUAAACUGUUUAAAAAGAAGAUAUUUGAUGAAAACAAGAUUUGUAUAUUUAACGAAUUCUAUCUACAUGAAUCUAUAUAUUGCCAAUUACCAAAGACAAUGCUUUGUUCUUAUCAACCACAUGACAAGCCCUCUGGAUUCCUCCAUUGCCGGUUAAAAUACACAUACAGUAUUUCUUUAAUAGGCACCUGGGUCAUACAGUAUUCAAUUCAAUACCUAUUUUAGAGUAUUUCACUCAAUCUUAGGCUUUAAAAGGUAAAAUACUUUAUAGCCAACUUUGAUAUUCAGUUGAAGCUUUUGGCUAAGUACAUUACGGUACCUAAGUUUAAGACAGCUCCAAAGCUGACUUAAGCCAUGAAUUUUGGUUGUCAUAUGGUUUGUAUAUUAGUUGCAUGUACUUGUGGUAUGUGCUUUACAAUCUUUUAUUUAUUUUUUGGUAAUAACGCCUCUAGGGGUAUCAUAAGAGAGGAAUGUUUAUGGCCGGGUAAUAGUAUAUCUGUAUAAAGCACUUAAUUAGAGACAUCGUAGAUGUACAUUUAUUAAGCGCUAUAUAAAAGCGGAAUAUUAUUAUUAUCAAUAUGACACCCUUUUACUCUUCAAAUUUCUGUCAACAAAUCCAAUAUUAUCGAAAAUAAUAUCGCUAGUUACAUGCAUUCGUUUGUCUCGCAUGUAUGGUCAACAAGGAAUCUAAAGAUCACAACGUUUGCAUGAUGGGUCGAUUAAUUAUCAAAUCUGAUAUAUAUAUAUAUAUAUAUAUAUUAUAUAUACAUAUAUAUGAAUAUCACACACUGACAUCUGCUGAGUGCCAGAGGGUAAUUUACUCAUAUACUACCGUACUAGAGUUAACGUCUCAUAUUCUAGCUCUCAUAUACAUUUGAAAAAAUAAAAAUGUCCAUGUUUUUAUUAUGAUAUCUGUUAGCUGUUCAAUCAGGAAUGAAUACCAGCCUGGUAUUGUAUUGAACCAAAGUACUUUGAUAUUAUUGCUAACUUAGAUUCCUUGAAAAAGAUCUGCCCAGAAACACUUUUCCUUUCUUUUACAUGAUCAUAAUCAGAUCAUUUGUAAAAGUAUAUUGUAAAAAUGAAUUUUCAUUAAGUAUUUUUUGUUGUACAUACAAAUUUGUUUGAGUGUGUAUACUGUAAAUAAAAGAAUAGUAUGUAGAAUGAUUAAAGUUGGUAAUGAAAAAAAAA